AUGCCAAAGGCUCUUCGUGGUCCUAUAGAGACAGUUAUCAAGAAACAGCCAAAGUGUAGUAGUACAUCACAUCCAGUUACUGUUUUUUCCCCGCAACGACCUCUUUUCAGUAGCAGUGGCAAAGUUCUUGUAACCAAAACACUCAUCACACUUUGGAAUAGAUUACUUGGAAGUUAUCAAGCUGAAUCUACAAAAGAAAUAUUCCCAUUUUUAUAUGCGGAACAAGAUUCACAGAGUAUAGACGACAACACAGGAAUAGAUGUUGCUGAUAAUGAAAAAUGGCAAAUCGGUUUUGGUUCUAACGCUUCUGUAGGAGAAAUGAUUUUUCACUUGUAUUACACUCUUUCUGAUGUAGAUACAGCAGCAUGGGUAAUUGCUUUUUGUAUUAUAGAUAAACUGCAACUUCAGCACUCUGUUAAUAAUCAUUUAAGAUUAUCUAGUAAUUCAUCAUCAUGUAAUGAAACAUCAUUUCGCUUUCACCUUGGUAAUAAGUGGAGAAAUCUAUUUGUAGCAUUUUGUUUAGCCUUAAAGUGGCACACAGACUACAAUAUCACACUUAAUUAUAUGAUUGAUCUUCUCCCACACUCUUCACAGGAUCGUCAGCAGCUGCGGAAAUUAUCUGCUCUGACAGAACGGCGUAUGUGUUACUCCUUAGGCUAUAAUGUCUUUGUUUCUCCUGAAAACUUGCUUCAACUAUUGGAGCAGUUUCUUGCAUGUGAAGAACGAAUAUGUCUUAUGGAGGAUAUCACCAAUGACAGUUCACUAGGACGCUUCUUUUUAUAA